AGAGUGUUGACAAGAAUGUUAACCGAGUUGGUGCCCUCGAUGUAAAUAAAUUGUAACUGAAUAGUGUCGACCGGUAAAUUGCUGAGUUUUAUUUUAAAUCUGCGGCCAGUGACUUUUUGUUUUAAAUCAAAGAAGGCUUGGACUGAUCGGAAUCCCUCGCUGGAGGGCUGACAGACCAUGGGCAACACCAGCGACCGAGUGUCGGGUGACCGGCAUGGAGCAAAGUCUCACCGCUCCGACAGUGGGGGCAGUCACAAGGAGCAGGAGCCCAGCAAAAUCAUGGUGGACAGCACUGAUGACCCCAACAUCUUCAACACUCACACCAUGGAGUCAAAGCCUUCGGGAGACAAGGACUUCAUGCCCUUCAGCCCUGAUCCAGAUGACCCGGUAAAGCCGGGGCCCCAGGCGCGGCCGACCGUCAUACGCUGGGCGGGCGGUGGGAAGGAGGUGUACAUCGCUGGCUCCUUCAACAACUGGAGCACCAAGAUCCCGCUCAAUAAGAGCCACAAUGACUUUGUGGCAAUCCUGGACUUGCCAGAAGGGGAACACCAGUACAAGUUCUUUGUGGAUGGACAGUGGGUGCAUGAUCCCUCAGAGCCCGUGGUCACCAGCCAGAUGGGAACCAUUAAUAACCUGAUCCAGGUGAAGAAGUCCGACUUUGAGGUGUUUGACGCCCUGCAGGUGGACUCUUUGGAGUGUUCAGACACAUCAGACCUCUCCAGUUCUCCGCCAGGCCCCUACGGACAGGAAGUGUACAUGUUUCGGCCCGAGGAACGCUUCAAAGCCCCGCCCAUUCUCCCACCACACCUCCUGCAGGUGAUCCUGAACAAGGACACCAAUGUCUCUUGUGACCCAGCCCUGCUGCCUGAACCCAACCAUGUGAUGUUGAAUCACCUGUAUGCACUUUCAAUAAAGGAUGGCGUGAUGGUCCUCAGCGCCACUCACCGAUACAAGAAGAAAUAUGUCACUUCUUUGCUGUAUAAGCCCAUCUAGUCACCUGUAGUCGGCCAGUUCUCUGCAGAAAGGACCGAAGAGACGCUGAGAUGACUCCAUCUGCCCUGUUCAUUUUUCUGUGCGGUUCACUUGACCCCAUCCACUGCUAGCUUUCAGCACCUUUAAAAACGCGACGGACGCGUUUGGUCCUCGCGCUUGAAACGCCUCGCCCUCCUGGUGAUGAGACACAGGCCCCCAAAGGGCAGGACCAUGGCCGGCGCUCCCGGGGGAGCCCUGGGCCUCUCCCCUUCUCUGCUGUUGCCUUGUUCCUCACGAUGCUGCGAAGCACUUUACUCGUGCUGUCUAUCGAUGCUGUGAGUAGGAAUGUCGACACGAAGCUUUAACUAUGCAGAGGACAAAUCCCCGUACUGUAGGCUUAAUGAGAUCUAGGGCCCGAUCUCCAGUACCCCGAUGCAGUGGUGGCAGUGCUGUGUUUUUGUAUCUAUCCAAUAGGAAUGUAUUUAUCCGUUACAUGCUGUAUUUCUAUAUCAGAAAGUUGGUUUGCUCUGACUGUGAUGAUAAAUCCUUGAAUUUUUGUGUGUGUGUGUGUGUGCUUGUUCUUGCAUGAGCGAUAUACUUAUGCUUAAGAAAUACCAUCUCACAAGUGUGAAUUUUAACAGGGAAUAUUUGACAAGAAAAAGGGAGGACAGUGGUUGAGUUUAACUAAAAUGUGACACCAUUAAGCGAAAUUUGUGCUUAAACAUAACCCAUCACAUACAUUGUUUGCUUUACAAUACACUGCUGUAAUAUCUAGUAAUGUUGUAAGGUUUCUGUUCUGUUUACCAUGUAUUCUCUGUACUGUAUUCUGUCAUGGCCUCAUGCUUGAAAGACUGUACACUUUCACAUGGAUUGAGUUUUAAAUGUUACACUCCAAAGAAAUCCAGCAGGAUUAUGUAUUUAACUUGGGAGAAUAAUACCUGAAAAAAAUUAUAAUAUAGCAUUUCAGGACAAAAAAAGCAUACAGGAGAGAAAUGGUGGUAAGAUUAAGACUCGGAACAAUAUGUUGACUUGGGACAUACUCGGUACCUGCUGUAGCUUUACUUUGGCAAAAACUUGAAUUUUAAAACCUAUGACAUUUCUUUUUUUUAUGCUGUGCAACGUCAUUGGUUAAACUGUGUGUAGAAGAUUGUUUCACUGGUUUGCAAAU